GGGGGGGGGGUGUUGGCGUUGUUUGUAAACAUCAGCAGCUGUUGGCGCCAAACGCUCCCGCUCCAGAUAAAUAAUGGGAACACACGACGCGUGGACCUAUCUGGUGUCUCUUGGAGUACAUCAUCGAACCUGGGAUGAUCCUCUCUUUGCGCAAGGACAAAGUGUUUGCUGUCCUCUUAGGAAGAUACCAUGUAUUGACUUGGAUGACGAGGACUUUCAUCACUCUAGGAUUGAGACAAAGUGCAGUGUAGCUGGGUGUAACAAGCGGUUCAGUACGGUAGCUGAACACGCAAGCCAUCACCGCACAUGUCAUAGCCAUGUCUGUUGUACCUGCAAGCAGUCUCUUCCAUCGCACCAUUUACUAGAUCUCCAUAUUCUGGAAGCUCAUGACACUCUUUUUCAAGUUAUGGCAGCAAAACAACCCAUGUAUCAGUGCCUCUUGGAGACAUGCUCGGAAAAGUUCAACACUCCAGCUGAGAGGAAGACUCACUGUAUAGACAGUCAUAAGUUCCCAGCAGACUUUCGCUUUGACAUGGCAUGGAGAAAAUUGGGAAAAAACAAAAAAUCAGGUAUGAUGAAUCAUAAUGAAAUGACUAUGGAAUUUGAAGAAGCUGGUUGUGAAGCUGCUGUAGACAAGAGAGAAUCAGAAAAUAUCAGUGGAAAGGGUGUUAAUGCUUUUGUUUGUAAUAGAAAGACAGUUGCUAACAAAGUUCCAAACUGUGUAUCAUUUGGCGUUGGAGUCCCUAGAGGUUUUAUUCGAGGGAAUAGAAGCAAGAGAGGUCAAAGAAAAGGAGGUGCCAAUCAUUGGCAUCAAAGGAUGAGUCCAUCUAAUUCCCUCAAAACUAACAUUGAAGAAGUUAGCAUGAAAGAUUUAGAAGAAGCAUUGUGCAGUGAAUCAGUGAUUCCUUGAUUGAUGUUUUAACAGGUAAAAAGCAUUUACACUAAAAUUUUAAGAUUAUUUGAGUAUGAACUUUACUUGAUCAGCCUCAGAUUUAAAUGCUUUACUUUUUUAUGUACACUGAAAGUAUAGAAGAAAAUUGAUAAUCCAACCCCAUGCACAAAGUUAGUAAUUGUCAAAAGAAGGUACCGAACCUGAAAGACUCUAGCACCCACACACGAAGUGAACCUGGCAACAUUUUGGUUCAUAACUUUCAUUUCAUGUGUGGGUUGGGUUAUAUUUCAAUCAUGUUUUUGUAACUUAUUCUCUGCAUAAGUCAAAUGUAUUUUUUUCCUUUGAAUUUAAUGAUUGGAACAUUUUUUCUUCAUGUGUGUGUCAGAUUGAUGCAAGCUUUAAUAUUUUAGUGUGCGUAUUGUGCAUGUUACGGCAGCUGUAUUCUAUAGUAAGAAGCAGCUGCUUGCUUCCAGAUAUCAUCAUCUGAAAUGUGUGGAAAAGGUAGUUUGUGGAGAUUAAUUUAAUGAAAAAUUGCCUUAUAGAGGGAUCAAGGCUGCAGGGACCUUGACCCCCGGAAUCAACGCAAAGUAACUGCAAAGUGAGGUAGAGUGGGUUCAAAAUGUGUUAUUCCAUAGCUAUCAUCUAUUGGGAAUUCAUAUAGAAUAUGAAGUUUUGCCAGUUAUUGGUUAUCAAAUUAUACCUUUUCUGGUAAUAUUACAACUGUACUGUUUUAAAUUAUUGUAGGUACCAUAGCAGACUCUUUAGCCUUAUUCAUUAAUAAGAAAGUAAAUGGGCAACUCUUUUUUUUUUUUUUUUCCAGUUGAUGGUUCCUAUUUAGGCGCCUCAGUUUCUUCUCGUCUUAACAAAUUUACCAUUCAGCGAAAGCCGUUUUUCUGGUUCUUUUCCUCUUUGUGUAUUUCUUUUGCCAGUUGAUGGUCUGCUUCAUACGCUUCACCUUCCAUAAUUUCAUUAAGAAAUACCGGCAGGGUACUGUUUUUGAUCUUUAAACACGUUCUGGUCAAAGUUCAAGUAUGUUCAUUGAGAUAAGCAAGAAAUACAUCUCAAAGGGAUAGAGUAGCUUAGGCUGUUUCUACUCCCCCCCACGUUCUGGUUUCCCUCUUCAAGUAUAAUUCCCGCUGUCAAGAAGAACGGGACUUAUGUGAUCAGGUGACAUUUUUAUGCUCUAUAAUGUUCUCUGUUGCUCAGUUUCUUGAAUUCUGAACUGUAGGAAUGCAUAAGUUAUGCAUCACACUUUAUGUUUAUUUGUCAGUGACCACAAGGAAGUGAGGUUUAGCCUUUGAUGUUGCAGAAAUAUGUGCAUAAUAUACAAUGUCCAGAUAACGUCAAUGAACAAAGUACUGUAUACCAUAUAAUGUGUUUACAGUAUACAGUACUAACAUAAUACAAAUAUGAAUGAUUUGAGAACAAUAUCAUGUUACUGUAAUUUAUUUUAAAUGUUUAAGAGACUAAUCUGAAUAAAAGUUCCUAACUA